GGCUUCGUUUCCUCAAAAAAACUACAAAAACAGUUGCUUGCACGAUCCCUUAAGCAAAAAGAGGGAGAAAAAACUGAUCUUGCCCCUUUAGGCAAUUGAGCAAAGCUGAAUUCAUAUGGUGGUUUCCUUUUUCUUCGCUUUCUGUUGAAGCAGGGUUAGUGUUCAUCCACAUUAGAGGUAGAAGAAUUUGUGGAAUUUACUGCAGCCAAGUUCUGGUUCAACCUAAUAUCAGAAAAGAACUAGGAUUGCCGAGCCAGGUCUAUUCACUUAAAAUCUCCUACAAGUUUGAUGGCUGCGGAGACUGUUAGUUCACCAUUGGCACCAGGAGUUUAUCCACCAGAUGGAGGUAACGCAAGAAGAAAAUCCAUGGGAAGUGCAGUUUCUUCAGAUGGUGGGGAAAAAAUUUUACCUCAUUAUUUGAGAGCUUCUACAGGUUCUUGUCAUGAUUUUUGCAAGUAUGGGAAGAAACAUGCAUUUGAAGAGAAGGCCAGACUUCCCAUAUCUAAAAGAAUUCCCAAAAAGCAAUCUGGUGAGCGAAGUUCAGUUGAGAGCUUGGACUUGCCACAGGUGAAGAGGACAUUAGCAGUUAAGCUCAAACCUUCUCCGAAUUCCAGAAGCCAUACUCCUGAUUCCUCUGAGAUCAUCAAGAGGGAGGUGUCCCCAAAAUAUCCUGGCAGCAAAAGUCCAAGAAAACAUGAAGCUUUGUCUGACAAGAAGACAUCAUUGGUCAAUCUUGGACCUUCAUCUAAUUCAAAAUCCCGUUUAUCUGAGCCCUCUAGAUUCAAAAAGCAGGAAGAGUCGUCAUCUUCUGAAAAAGUAAGGGUCUCUUCAAAAGAAGCUUCAUCUGGAAACAAAGGAACAAGUGUGUCCCUGAAGUGUACUACCUCUUUGAAGCCGAAAUCUUGGACAGAGAAGGUACCAUCCUCUCCCGCCCAUUCUGGGGUUUCAUAUGUCAGAAGGCUUAGUGGAAUCAAUGAUGUCAAGACAAGAAAAAAGACAGGAACCUCCAAAGCAGCAGUAAAGAAUACUGUAGCAAUGCCAAGAGCUUCCUUUUCCCCAAGAUCUAUCAAUGGAAAUGCAAGGCUCAUUACGAAGCAAAAUAAUAGCUUAAAAGAUAUGUCUUCUUUGAAGAAACAGAACAAGGUCAAAAAGGCUGAACCUGAGCAACCUUGCACUGAACUGUCAGAAAGCAACAAUGAUGCACUCCAGGAAAAAACCUUGUAUGUCAUCAAGAUGGAGACAGAGAAUGAAGUUUUUGAAUCUGAUAAAAAUGAAAAUUGUGUUGUGGAAUCAUCUCCACUUCCUCCAUCUCCCAGGUUGUCAUCCCUUCCAAACUCUCCAAGUUCAUCAUCUCACGGUGAAGGAGAUCAAGAGGAAUCUGACUGGACAGUAACUGAAGCAGAGAAUGACUCCUCUUCUGAUUACAAUGAAACAGGGAACUUAGAUGGAAAAGAAUGCCUAGAAGGAGAGAAACGAAGUAGGCCCGUAAUGGAUGGGAUAGUUUGUUCUGAUGUUAAGAAUUCUAAAUCUGUUAAACUACAUUUUAGGAGAGGAAAAGUGGUUGACGUUCAGACUGGACAUAAUAGUCCAAGGAGGCUGAAGUUUAGGCAAGGGAGAGUGUUGGGCGAGAACCCAAAUUCCAAGGCUGUUGGCCGAAGAAGCCUUAGGAUGAGAGAAGCUGAUGAUGAGGCAAAUGACAACAAACCCAGUGAACAAAAAGUUGUUUUGAGGCAUCAAGAUGCAGAGGGGAAGAAAGACUCCCAAGGUUUAUUUAACGUUGUCAUUGAAGAAACAGCUAGUAAACUUGUUGAAACUCGGAAAAGCAAGGUUAAGGCCUUGGUUGGUGCUUUUGAAACAGUGAUCUCCCUCCAGGAGAAAAAACCAGCUGCUUGAGUUAGAAAAGAACUUCUCUAUUAACAAUUGGUUUGUCCUAGAAUGGUAGGAAAUAAACAUAAGCUUGAGAUAGGAGAUGUGAAAGCUUAUGGAGCUUUGGCAAUGGAUUUUUUAGAUUACUCCUAGUUGACUUUUAGAGAAUCUGGACACAGUGUUGAAUGGUUGAUCUCAAGUGCACUUACAGUUUUAUGAAGGGUAUUCUCCUUUCUAGUUUCUUCUCUCUUGAUUUUCAUAAACAAGUUCAUAUCAUGUGAAUAAAACAAAGUUCAUCACUGUAAUGUACUUCUGAGCAGAAAACGAUGUGCUUCAUAAUGGGAUUUGUUUACGCUGUUGUUUUGGUUUAAUCAUUUCCUUUCUCUUAUUUCUCUGAAAACAUUUUAAAUAUAUAUUGUAUUAAUAA